AUGUCAUCAAAUGUCCUCAUAGCUGAUGAGACCAGUUUACUCAAGUCUAUUGAACUUGAGAAGAACGAACAGUGCAUCAUAUCAUGUCCCGACCACCCACAAGCACAAUCUCGAGGUAUUCAGCGAUUUUGUUGGUGCGCAGACGAGAUCAAGACCGUCGAUUCUCAACGCAAUGUGGUGCUGGCACGCGCUGACUGUGUCGUAGAGAGUUACGAGGCCUCUCACAGCAAUAAUCCCAGCAACACUGGAAAUCUAGUUUGGUCUUGGCCAGCUCCAGACAAUACUCAAAGAAUGGCACGAUUGGAGAGAGAUAAUCCAUUAUCAUUUUAUGUUGACGGUGGAAUUCACGUGAUGCAUCUUGAACCUGAAGUGCAGUCUUGUAUUGGUGUCGGCGGUAAGGAGCAUGACCUGAAUUUGUGGUCGUUAAAGACCCAGCAAGUUUUGUUUAAAGACAAAAAUGUAUCACAUGACAAGUUAGACAUGCGUGUACACGUUUGGAUCAAACACUUGCGUUUUUUUAUCUUCUGGUACAAGCAAUGGCCACCGCGUUAUCGUCGGAAACGCUUACGGUCAAAUUCGAAACUCCGACUCGAACACAAAGCGGAGACCUGUGCAACAGCUCGAUAA